CCUAUGUUCUUUCUUUAUUUUUAUUUUUUAUUUUCUCUUCCUUUCAGUGUUCUCUGUUAUAUUACUGAUCAGACAACAAACUCUGAACACCAUAAUCUAAAUUAACAUUCCAUUUUGCUCCUAAGAGAAAAAAAAUGUUGUUUUGUUUCAUGCCCAUGAUUCGAUCCUUCUUCAAAUCAUGUCCAUGCAUUCUGCUUUUGUUGGUGAUGUCAUGCUCUUGUUUCACUUCAACAGAAGCUUAUGAUCCACUUGACCCAAAUGGAAAUAUCACAAUCAAAUGGGAUAUUAUAAGCUGGACACCUGAUGGUUAUGUUGCUGUUGUUACGAUGAACAACUUCCAACAAUAUCGACAUAUCUCAGCACCGGGGUGGUCACUCGAAUGGACAUGGGCAAAGAAGGAGGUAAUAUGGAGCAUGGUGGGAGGGCAGGCCACUGAACAAGGAGAUUGUUCAAAAUAUAAGGGAAACAUCCCACAUUGUUGCAAAAAGGACCCAACAAUUGUAGAUUUACUUCCUGGAACACCUUACAAUCAACAAAUUGCAAAUUGCUGCAAAGGUGGUGUACUUAGCUCAUGGGCCCAGGAUCCAACCAAUGCAGUUGCAGCAUUUCAACUCAGUGUGGGUAAUGCUGGUACAACUAACAAAACUGUCAAAUUGCCACAAAACUUCACCUUGAAAGCACCAGGACCGGGUUAUACAUGCGGGCCAGCAAAAAUCGUGAAACCCACUCAAUUUCUUCAACCAGACAAACGGAGAGUGACCCAAGCACUCAUGACAUGGAAUGUGACAUGCACAUAUUCACAGUUUCUAGCUCAGAAAACUCCCACUUGCUGUGUCUCCCUAUCAUCUUUUUAUAAUGAUACUGUUGUACCUUGCCCAACAUGUGCAUGUGGCUGCCAAGGCAAAUCAUCUGAAUCAGGGAAUUGUGUAAAGUAUCCAGAUUCCCCACAUUUGGCAUCAGUUGUUUCUAACCCUGGACAGAGUAGCAUUGCACCUUUGGUUCAAUGUACUAGUCAUAUGUGCCCAAUCCGAGUUCACUGGCACGUUAAGACUAACUACAAGGAGUACUGGCGUGUCAAGGUCACCAUUACUAAUUUCAAUUACAGGAUGAAUUAUUCUCAGUGGAACUUGGUAGCUCAACACCCAAACUUUAACAAUCUGACCCAACUUUUCAGUUUCAACUAUGAGCCAAUAACUCCCUACGGUUCAAUAAAUGAUACAGCAUUGCUUUGGGGAAUCAAGUUCUUCAAUGAUUUUCUCAUGCAAGCAGGCCCUCUUGGUAAUGUUCAGUCAGAGCUACUUUUCAGAAAGGAUAAAACUUUUACUCUUGAUAAGGGUUGGGCUUUUCCUCGGAGGAUCUAUUUCAAUGGUGACAAUUGUGUGAUGCCACCACCUGAUGCUUAUCCGUGGUUACCUAAUGCUGGUUCCCGUCAAGAGGUUUCUCUGCUUGCUUUGAUGAUGACAUCCUUGUUAGCCUUGGUGUUUUAUGCAUAUCCUUAAAGUUCAUAUCUGAAGUUUUCAGCCUGACCAGUUUUGACUCAAAUUUGGGAUGUCAAUUUGGAAUUCAAACCAAUCUGGAGUAUGACAUCAAGUGACAUUUCAAGAAUACCUCAGUUGUCCCAUGAUUUGUGACUAGGUUUCAGCAUAUUGGUGGUUGAAUCAUUUCUGUCUUUUGUAAUGUGAUGAUGAAUUUAUUGGUUUUAGAUCAGUAGUGCAAUUGAUACUGUAAUUAUAAUAAAUAUAGACAGGAAAUGAUAGACUUCAUGAAUCAUAGUAUCUGACAUGAUAAUCGUUUGUUCCUU